AUGGAUGCUGACUCGCAGGCUGGCACCUUCCGUGAAGCCGACUUGAGAUCAGCCGUUACUAGAAGACGGGGCGCGUGCCUUGGCCUUGUUAUGGAGCGUGCGUCGACACCCCCGCCCCGCCAGGCAGUGUCUGGAAAUCCAGCGUCACCGCCGACGCCAGAAGUGACUCGCCGUUUAGAAGAAUCACGACUCAAGUCCAAAGCUCUCCGCGACCAGAACGAAGCGGCGCAGCGGGCAUCCGGUGGAGUGUCGACACCGCAUCGCACCCCCUCGGGAUUCAUCCCGACGGAUGAUAUUCAUGUGGUCGGGGCCGGGCCUAGGCAACAUCAACCCAGCAGCACUAAGCGACCGCACUCGUCCAUAUCGCAAGCCUCCCCUUCCAGCGUCCCGCCCUCGAACCGCGAUGGCACCAAGCAAGAUGGCGAGAUCAGACCGGCGCGCAAGUUCACCAAGUUUGUGGACUACAACUUCAGCGCCAUGACCGACACCAAGGGUGGUUUCCUCUCGGCCGAAGACGACCCGUACAACAAGGCGUUUGCGACGGAUGCUGCCGGCAGCAAACCGGCCGGAGAGGAGAAGCCCAAGCACAUGACGCAGAAGGAGUGGGAGAGGCUGCAGCUCCUUCGCAAGCUGCGCAGGCAGAAGGCCGGCCCUUUCGAGCCCGGACUGAGCGUGCUGGCAGAUGAGAAGGAGCGCAAGAAAUGCCGCGAAUGCGGGAGCCUCGAGAUCGACUUUGUCUGGGACGAGGUGUUUGGGUGUCGCGUUUGCAAUACUUGCAAGGACAAGUAUCCAGAGAAGUACAGUCUGUUGACCAAGACGGAAUGCAGGGCAGAUUACUUGUUGACAGAGCCCGAACUCAAAGACGCCGACCUCCUACCACAUCUGUCAAAACCAAACCCGCACAAGUCACACUGGCAUGACAUGAUGCUCUUCCUCCGGUAUCAGGUGGAAGAGUACGCAUUCAAGGAGAAAUGGGGAUCGGCAGAGGCGCUGGAUGCCGAGUUUGAGAGGCGCGAGGCGGACAAGAAGAGGAGGAAAGAGGCCAAGUUCCGGGACAAGUUGACGGAGCUCAAGAAGCGGACGAGGACCGAGGCAUUCCGACGCAACGCCGCCAAGGGCGGUGCGGAGCAAGGGGCAGGCAGGGCUACAAAGUUUGGGGACCGGGUCGGAGCGGCCGAGAAACAUGUGCACGAGUGGGGGAGAGCGGUAGAGACGGAGGAGGGCAUGACGGUCAAGAAGCCACCCGCCCCGUGGAUCAAUCCCAUUCGUGGCACCCUGGACUGGACUGCUGGACGAGCUGCCCUGCCCCGUGCGUCCGUGCCACCACAGUCCACGCCCGCCUUUCUCGCUACAGGCGAAAACCUGGCUUCGACUUCGCAACAGUCUCGGCCGGCUGUAUCGCGACCUCAGCUCGCCUUCGACAUCCGGCAAGCACACGAGCUGCGCGUUUUCUUUAUUCCCAGACCUAGCAUCAUCUGCAGCCUAGCUUUCCCCGACGGGAUCCUCUUUCUCUCGCAGAUAAAUUCUGCCCCUGACCAACCACGUCGCGUCACCAGAGCGGCUCUCUCGACUCUCUCUGAGCUCGACGAAGCUCAUUGCAUAAUCCAGACGCCCUUGACGGUUGUUGUGGUGACCGAUCCUCUCAACGGAGGAGGAGCUGAAAUCACGGGGACGGCGAGACUGGUUGCGAGAACAGGCAGCUCCCUCUCUGGUGCCAUGGGAACCAAUACUGGCAACGGUAUGGGCGGCCCCGGGGGCGAUAUGGGCCCUAUGCAGGGCAACCCCUCAAACCAGCCUCAUGCCACAGAGUACACGUUACAAGGCGUGAUGCGCUUCCUCCAGACCGAGUGGCACCGCCACGAACGCGACCGCAAUGCAUGGGAAAUCGAGAAGCAGGAGAUGAAAGGCAGGAUAGCCUCGCUCGAGGGCGCGGCAAGGAGAGCAGAUGCGACCCAAAAAGCCCUGAAAAAAUACGUCACAAUCCUGGAGAAAAAGGUCAAGGAACAAGCCUCCCAGUUGAAGGGUUCUACAUCGGCAUCGGCAUCAGCACCGGACCAGCCGUCCUCCACAACUGAUUCGUUCGAGCGCGCCAAGAAAAUCCAGGAGAAGCUUCAAGCAGCCUCUGCCAAAGAACAUGGAGAUGCCACUGGCCAAGGCACCGAGCUGGAUCGUAUUGCCGACGACGAAACACAGCGGACUGACCUGAAAACCUUCCUUGAUCAGUGCCAAGCCGAAUUUGCCUAUCUCAUGAUCACACCUGCCAAUCCCAUUCCUCCCAGAGAGUCGCCGCCGCUUCCCCUGAUCGACGAUCUGCGCGGUGAAAACGAGCCAGUCUUUGGCCUGCCCAUCGCCCAGCAACAACUCGACCAGUUCUCUCAGCCGUCGCGGCAACCGCCAAACCACAUGCGCGACGCUCAGCGACCUGCGCCUUCUCCUGCCAACCACGUACCUCCCCCUGCGCAGUCUAUCUCCGCCAACAACUUUGCCGUCAAGGGGGGUUCCGAUGCUCAGGCAGCUCCCAUGGUCCGCUCGAGUGCUGAGGCAGCACCACUUUUCGGCAAUGCUGCUGCCGACUGGCCGUCGACUUCUUCGGUCAGCACGCGCCUGGUGGAGGAAAGCAUCGCUGAUACCAACAACGCGUUGAAAACGCUCGGUCGACCAGAGACGGGCGAUGAUCCCGCGAACAAACGAGGCGCGAUGGACCCCGAUGGCUGGGACUUUAGCGAAGCCUCUUUUACCGAAUCCAAUGCGCAGCCUGCCACUUCCGCACAGCCAACAACUACCCGACCCGAUAACGAUGCCUUUCCUACCGCCGACAACCUUCCCAAAUCCCCUAGCCGCGGCCCUGGCUCCCAUCGUCGCAAGAGUAGCAUGUCUCGCCGGAGAAGCGCUGACCACGAGCUCUCUCUCAACUCACUGGGCCAAAAGUCGGACAGUGGCAAUUUCAAACUACGCUUUGGCCUCCGCGGACAUCUCGAUACCGUACGAACAGUCAUAUUUUCAGGGGGAGGCAGCCCGGGGGAGCCCGAGGUUUGCACGGCCGGCGAUGACGGCCUGAUCAAGCGCUUCCACCUUCCUCGCGCCGCCUCGCAACCAGGCGGCAGUAACGCUGCGUCAGAUCUUGACGUGCAGGCCGACUUUACUCAUCGUGGCCAUCAGGGAGCAGUACUGUCCAUCACGUCUUGGUCACCGUCGCCCAAUUUUUCAACGGGUGGCCGUGCCCAAGGUGAUGGUUGGAUCUUCUCUGGUGGACAAGACACCUUCAUUCGUGUCUGGGAACGCGGUCGGGUAGACCCGAAGGCCACUCUUGAAGGCCAUAAGGAUGCAGUCUGGGCGCUCUGCGUCCUUCCUGCAACACUGGGGGCAAUAUUCGGCCAGGAGAAUCGGUAUGGAUCCGCCGACAGGAUCCUGUUGGUUUCGGGCGCGGCAGAUGGUAUAGUACACGUCUGGGCAGUUAGUGCGCCGCCACAAUUGAGCUCGCCACAGCCCGCUGGCGCUGCUGGGAGGCGCGGGCCGGGAAGCGGCGGGCGUGUUAGAGGCAACUCGAUGAGCUCGGGCUCAGGCUUUCCCAACAGUCCACAACCCAGCAUGGCUACCAGUAGCCCAUUCCACCACACUCUUGUCCACACCAUCACACGCUCAAACUCGAAUGCCAGCCCGACAAGCAUUACUGCUUUGGGUGCUAGUGGAGAGACUUUUGUUGUUGCGUAUGCCGAUGCUGCGAUCAUUGUCUACGACACCAAGACAGGUGACGAGAUGGGCAAUAUGGCCAGCUUGGAGACAUAUGACGGUACCCCUAAUACAAGUGUCAACGCUGUGGUAGCCACCACGUCGGGCCUUGACCAGCCGCAACUGGGCGACGACGAUGCAGGCUCCGGGGGCGGCCCUACGGGUGGCGGCCGAGCCAUGGCUGGUUCUGGUGUUGAGGGCGUUAUCAUUUCGGGCCAUGAAGAUCGCUUUGUCCGGUUCUUCGAUGCCAACAGCGGUCAAUGCACAUACAACAUGCUCGCCCAUCCUGCUGCAAUCUCGAGCCUCUCCUUAAGUCCCGAUGGCCGCGAGCUGGUCAGUGCUGGCCACGACGCUUCGCUUCGCUUCUGGAGCCUGGAAAAGCGUGCAUGCACACAGGAGAUUACGUCCCACAGGAUCAUGCGUGGCGAAGGGGUGUGCUCUGUUGUGUGGAGCCAGGACGGUCGGUGGGUUGUGAGUGGCGGAGGUGAUGGUGUUGUUAAGGUCUUUGCACGUUAG